AUGAACAACUCAAAAUCUUAUAAGCCAAUUUCACUUCCCGUAAUAGAUCUCUCGCCAUUAGAAAACCCCUUUUCAUCCAAACUUAGUUUAGACAAUAUUGCAACAGAGAUACAAAAUGCAUGUACAAAAUAUGGUGUAUUCUACAUUACCUGUUCUUCCUUCCAUACUACAGACCAAAUAAAUAUUAACGAAGCGUGUCAAAAAUUUUUUUCUUUACCUUCUGAUAUAAAGUCCUCACUUUCAAUAAAAUCAGGUGGAUUUACACGAGGAUAUAUUGGAAUGGGUGGAGAAUCUGGUUCACAUAGGCUAGAAGUUAAAGAAGCAUUUUCGUAUGGCUAUGAAUGGGAUAAAAGCGAAGCGAAAUUCGAGAAUCUUUUGCAAGGACCGAAUGAAUGGGGAAAUUUAGAAAUUUUGUUAGGUAUAGAAUGGAGAAAAGCAUUGAAUCAAUAUUAUAAUAAAAUGGUUUCGUUAUCAGAGUCGGUAGUUAAAUGCUUAGAGUUAGCUUUAAACAUUGAAUUAAAGCAGCAUUGUGUUGGAGGGGAAACCAUAUCUCUUUUAAGGUUAUUUAGAUACCUUCCUUAUAAACAUACCGAUGACGAUAAAAUCGAGAAUGAAAAGGUUGGAAGUUCCCCACAUACAGAUUGGGGAUUUUUGACCCUAGUAUCACAAUUAGACAAUUCACAAGGACUUCAACUAUUUCAUGAUAAUCAAUGGUGGGAUAUUCCUAAUAAACAAUCUUCGAUUGUUGUCAAUUGUGGCGAUUAUCUUUCAUUGCUUACACGUGGAAAAUAUAUUUCUCCGUUGCAUCGUGUAAUAAGUGAUGGGACAAAUGAGAGAUAUUCUACCGUUUUCUUUUAUUAUCCAAGUUAUAACGCGAAAAUUCCUUUAAUAGGUAAUAACGAGGGAGAAGAAUUUGAAUUCAAUAAGAGAGAAUUAAGUAUUUUUAAAGAUCAGGCUGUAUAUCGUAAAGAGAGUGAUGUUAAUCUACCAAAGGAUUUUUGCUUUGGAGAGUAUAUUACACGUAAAUGGGAUCAAGUUUUUCGUGAUGGGAAAAACUAUUAG